AUUCAUUGCCGUAUCAAAUAUCCUAACUACAGCGCUUUUUUUCUUUUUUUCUUUUCUUUUUUUCUUAGUUGUAAGGAAUGCAAAUGAAGCCAUAAGAAGAUUCCGCUUGCCCAUGCUCUUCCCAAAAGCCAGUCAGUCAUCAAAUGGGAAGCUCCGUUCCUUCAGUCAUUAAAUCAUUUCGUUUCGCCGUGGCCGUUCAUGUAGACGGAUUGAAUGCAUCCAAAAAGAGAGAGAAAAGGAAAAAAGAAAAAAAAAAAAAAAAAACUCCGGAAGAGAAAGCCAACGCCGUCACACACACACUCCGAAAAGAGAUCAACGUGAAAGCAAUGAUAGAGGCAUUUGGAAGGAAACCAAGAGCAGGGUGGAAAGAAAACCGCAACGCCGUGUCAUGACCAUCAAUUGAGGGUGUCGAAGGAGCCCGUUGGCAGCUAUAGUCAGUGCAGUAU